CAGUCCAAUAGUUGAUGUGGGAGGAAGUAUUGUACCACUGAUUUUUAUCAACUCGCAAAUAAUUGAAUAUUAAACUGAAAUGUCAUACUUUUAUGUCCAUGACUUUCAUUGAUCAUCAGGAAUUAAUUAUUACAUACAUAAUUAGUUGGAGGAAAUAUUUUUAGUCUCAUAGCUGAGCCCCAUGAAAAACGAAAACACUUUUAUCAUCCUUAACAAUGUGUAUCAAGGAUUUAUGAACAUAUUUUACAUAUCGAUAUACAAUUCAUUAAAAUUGAUAACAAGGCCAUCAAAGCAUUGCCCCGAUAAAUAUAUAGGUAAUGCACUCGUAAGCCUCACAACGGAACCCACAAUGCUCGUGUACUGGGUGGUACUGCUCUUUGGUGCAGCCUUCGCAUCCGACUGUAACGUGUUGAAGACGAAAAACGGCAGUGUUUGUGUGUGUAACUCCACCCAAUGUGACUCGUUCCCACAACUCUCAGCCUUGAACAGAAACCAGUACCAAAUUUACACCACCAGCAAGGAAAAACUGGGUUACUGGAAGGUGCUGAAAACUUUCGAAAAUGUAAGAAGACAAUAUAAGUCGCCACACACCAUAAGAGUGAACAGAAAUCGAAGGCUACAAACUAUAAUUGGUUUUGGAGGAGCCUUCACUGAUGCCACAGGUAUUAACAUUUUGGCCAUGUCAGGGAAAGUGCAAUCCCUCUUGGUGGAAAGUCUUUUCGGAGCAACUGGCAACGCUUACACACUAUGUCGAUUUCCCAUUGGAGGAACUGAUUUUUCACUAAGGAACUACUCAUUGAACGACGCCCCCGACGAUACCACCUUAAACAACUUCAGCCUACAACAGGAAGACUUUAAUUACAGAAUUCCGUUCAUCAAACAAGCCAUCAACUUAACCAAACAACAAAACUUGGAGCUGCGUUUAUUCGGUACCGCCUGGACGGCACCCAUUUGGAUGAAGUCCAACCACGACUGGACUGGCGUUGGGGUACUGCUCGAUCAGUAUUACCAGACCUGGGCUGAUUACCAUUUGAAGUGCAUCGAGGCGUACGACAAGCUUGGUAUUCCCGUUUGGGGGCUCACCACAGGGAACGAACCCUCCAACGGGUUCGUCCAGGCCAAGUUUUUCCGUUUGAAUGACAUGGGUUGGACUGUUUUUUCAGCAUCCUAUUGGAUUGCCAAUAACUUGGGGCCCACUAUUAGGAACUCAACUUAUAAUAAGACUAAAAUUAUUGUAUUUGAUGACAACAUGGUUGUAAUGCCAUUUGCUCAACAGUUAUUACAAGACGAAGGUGUUUUAAAAUAUGCAGAUGGAAUAGGAGUACAUUGGUACAAUGACGAUGAGUACCCAGCCAACUUUUUAGAGUUUGUCACCAAACCAGGAAUAUUCAUGUUAAAUACUGAAGCUUGCAAUGGUUUUGAAACUUUCUUUGGUAGAGACGUGGCUGUUGUUUUGGGCAGUUGGGAAAGGGGGGAAAAAUACCUAGCAAACAUUAUAAUGAAACUCCGAUAUCAUGGUUGUGGGUGGUUAGAAUGGAACAUGGUCUUAGACUUGCAGGGUGGCCCAACAAUGAUAAGUAAUUUCGUAGAUGCUUCCAUCAUAGUAAAUCCUAAAACUGAUGAAUUUUACAAACAACCAAUGUAUUACAUACUUGGACAUUUUUCAAAGUUUGUCAUCCCCGGAUCAAUAAUGAUAGAAGUUGUAACCUCCAUAAAAAAAGAUAUUGACUGCGUGGCCUUCCUAAGACCCGACCAUAAAAUUGUCAUCAUCGUUUACAAUUGGGGUACACCGACCAACGUACUCAUUGAAGAGUCCGGACGUCGAAUCGUAUUAAACUUGGAGGCAAAAUCAUUAAAGACUGUAAUUUAUAACGCAUAAAUUUUUGUUUUUUAAAUAUAUCGUUUGUAAAUAAACUUUUUUA